AUGAUCAAAGUUACGCUAGACAUCGGUCUGUCUCUGUGUUAUAUAGUGGUGAAUAAUAGGACAGAUGCGAUAAGUUGUAAGCGACAUUUUCUUUUAAAUACCUGCACAGUCAUCACGCCUUUGACAUCGUAUGUGUUUUGUAAUUACGCCUUGACAUUUCUUCUUCUUCUUCUUCUUCUUCUUCUUCUUCUUCUUCUAUACUUUUUCAUCAUCAUCGUCUUCUCCUUUUCAUCUUCUUUUUCUUCUUUUUCCUCUUCAUCUUCUUCUCUUCUUCUUCUGUUUCUUCUUCUCCUUCUUUUUUCAUCAUCAUCUUUUUCCUCUUCAUCUUUUCUUUCGUCUUCUUCUUUUUCUUCUUCUCUUCUUUCUUCUUCUUCAACUUUUCAUCUUCUUCAACUUUUCAUCUUCUUCUUUCUCCUGUUCAUCUUCUCUUUCUUCUUCUUCUCUUUCUUCUUCUUCUUCUUAAAUCUGCUUCUUCUUUUUCUUCUUCUGCUCUUCUUCCUUUUCUCUUUUGCAUCUUCUUCAUCUUCUCUUCUUUCUUCUUUAUCUUCUUUUUCUUCUGUUUCUUCUUAUUAUUCUUGUUCUUCUCUUUUUCUUUUUUCAUCAUCAUCUUUUUCCUCUUCAUUUUUUCUUUCUUCUUCUCCUUUUCUUCUUUUUCUUCUUCUUCUACUCUUCUUAUUUUUCUCUUUUUCUUUUAUCAUCUUCUUUUUCUUCUUCUUCUUUUUCCUCUUCUUCUUUUUCCUCUUCACCUUCUCUUCUUUCUUAUUCUUCUUCUUCUUCUUCUUUUUUCUUCUUUUUCUUCUUUUUCCUCUUCAUCUUCUCUUAUUUCUUCUUCUUCUUAAGCGUUUCCAGGCUGUAUGUAAUGGCAAAUUUUGA